UUGUGUCUGAAACACAUGACACUAACAUGUUGUGUGUGUUUUGGUGUUGAUUUCUGUGUCUUGCAGUCCCCAUCCGAAUAUGAGGAGUUAUCAGAUGACGAGCUGCCAUCCAGGAACUGGAGCAAGGCACAAAGGCAAAUAAAGCCGUUAAUAGCCGAGAAUAAAAGGCUGAAAGAAGACAACUUUAAACACCCAAUAGAAGCAAUGAAAGAGCUUCCAGCAGUCGGGCAGAACUUACGAGACAUAUCUGAGCUAUUGUCAUUGAUCUCAAGCAGUGCAUCUGCCAGAUCAACACUCGUGCAAACACCUGUACGAACACCAGCGAGAUCAGAACUGCAACUUUCUGCACCCGCGUCUCCUCAGGUGGACUCUGCUGACUUGGUGUCUCUUGUGUCAGGAGAGUCAAAGUCCCCAGACAGAAGCUCAACUCUCUGCGGACUUCAAGUCACUCAGUUUACAUCGGAGACCUGGCAGUGCUCGUCUACGGCAGGGAAACGCUGUCCUGUGACCCCCCCCCCCCACCACCACCACCACCACCACCACCACCACCACUACCACACUUCCCACUGGUCAGGUCGCGGAGACAGUCGCCUAAACAGGGAGGCCAAGACUUUCCUCUCACCAGCCACUUGGGCCAGCUCUUUCGGGGGAAUUCCCAAAGCGUUCCCUUCCCAGCCGAAGAGUCUCUCCUUCGGCUACAUCACACAUUGCACCCAACAUCUUUGGCUCCUUUCACAAGUGGUGAGUCCAAGAAAUGUAUUGAACAGAAAGACAAGCUGAAUUUACGCCCUUCUCUGUUAUUGCAGCCAAACGUGUGAACUUACCUAAACAAAUACGAUGAAAUGCUAAAAACUGGUUUCUUCAUUAGCUUCCCUCCCACCCCCUCGCAAUUUACUAUAGUGGACAGCAAAGCAUGCCCACGAUGAAAAACAAGAUUAUAAACUUCUUUCGACUGUUUUAACAGCCCAUCUAAAGUGCUGUAAAUUAGCUAUGGCUAAAAGCAUCUUGCUACAAACAUGUGAACGUGGUUUUACAAUGUCCAUGUUCCUGUAUCUGUCUCUAAGUACAUGCCAUCAAUGAAUAAUUGUGUUUGAAGGACUGAUUUUAAAAUUUUCGAACCCAGGGUUUAGAAUGCCGGGCGUGAUGCAGAUUUAAGGUAAGUACUUCCUAUGACUUGUAUACCUUAAUUUCAUUGGUAUUCCUUGUAAGUCUAAGCGUGGUUCAUUUUUAACUUCACCCUUAGUUCUCCGAACAACGUUUGUUUGAUAAGUUGACAUGUUUUCUUCCUCUAUGUCAGUCAAUUCCUUUCUCAACGUAUUUUUCGCCGCUGAGUUUUGCUUGAGAGCUGAAAGUCUCGCUUUAUCUAACCGUUUUAACUUUGAGUCUACAUACUCUAUUCUGUCAAUCGCAGAGCAAGACUCCUCCUUAACAUCUAAUGGUAAAUGCCGGUAUUUUGCCAACAAAUAGUCUUGGAACUGAUUCUCUCUCUUUUUCUGUUCCUCUAGGUUUGACGAGCCUUCUUGAUUUGAACACUUCAGGGCUUCCAGUUUGUUAAUUUUUUGUUUAUUUUGUGAGAUAGCACCUAAAAUCCAGUCCUUCUUACGACUAGGCAUUUGGUUUAAUUUCAUAGGAGUUGCUCUUAACUCUAAGGUUGGUACUAAUUUAAUUUUUGAGAGACAGUCAUCUAAAAUCUUCUCCUCCAGGGCUUCGUUUUCAUGUUGUAAUUUGUAAUUUUGCAGGACUUUAUUUUCCUCUUCGAGUUCCCAAAGUAAAUGCCCCUGUUUACUUAAAUUACGCUUAUGGGCUAAAAUUGUAUCUUUGGCAUCUCUAUUUACUAAAAUUAAAUCAAGAUCAUAUUUUUCUAACUCCUCUUCAUAAGUGUCCAGUUGCUCUAAUUUCUCUGCAGCAGAACGCUCAGUCUCUCUUACAAAGCGCUCUUUCAAAUCUUUGAGUUUUUGUUCCACAUUAAAUAAGUUUAUUAACAAUCUCUCCCUUUCUUUCAGUGGUUCUAUAUGAGGAUGAUGUAGGUUUUCCAUGCUACCUGUUUGCUCUGAGGCGUGAACUGUGACUGAUCCGACGCUGGUCAAGGUAUAUGACGAAAAAUAAGUGCAGGCAGACAAGGCAAGUCAAUGACUACGGGGGAGAAUGUGGAGCAGAGAGGUCUACAUGAUGAAGAAGAGGGACAGAAACAGAGAGAUCCACAUGAUGAAGGAGAGAGAGAACAUAGAGGUCUACACAAAGAAGAGGGAGAAGAACAAAGAGGUCAACAUGAUAAAGAGGAAGAGGAACAGAGAAGUGCAGAGGAGAGGGCUGGUGAAAGACCUUAUUUAAAAGAUCCAUCUGAAUGGCCUUCACCACAUGAAAUUGGGGACACAUUGAGGCAGUACAUGGUUCAGAAUGGCCCACCGAAAUGUCCUGGUGGGCCAUAUCCAAGAUCAGAGAAGAGUAAACGGUGUUUUUCCAAAGCACACUGUUUUCGUUUACUGUCCAAUGGAGAGAAAGUGGAACGGGAUUGGUUACUGUACUCCAAAAGUACUAAAAGUCUAUUGUUUUGCUUGUAAGCUUUUUGGUGAAGCUAGAGUUGCUGACACACGCCUUGUGACGGGUUAUAACAACUGGCAGUGUCUUUCAAAAACCCUGAUGCACCAUGAAACUAGUGGUUAUCACAUAAAUGCUUAUCUGUGUCACGAUCUGCUCCUGCCUCCCUCUGACUGUGACUCUCCCCUGCCUCCUGUUUAGUUUUUUGGUCUCACCUGCCCCUUGUUAACCUGCCCAUGUGUUCCUGAUUGUUUCCCUGUGUAUUUAUACCUCCCGUCUUGUAUGUGUCAGUGUCGGAUCAUUGUUGUUUGUCGUGUUGUUCUUGUUGUAUCCUGCCGUAUCCUGCUAUUAAAUCCAUUUUUAUGUUA